CGUAGACCGAACUUUCUCGAGCAAACAGAAGCACCAUGACGUUCGAUUUCGAUAAACACAUAAAUUAUUUCCUAUCCAAUCUACGGAUGCUGCCCAGCGCUUAUACCGAGACCGAGACAAAUAGAAUGACGCUGGCAUUUUUUUGUCUUGCUGGACUCGAGCUGCUUGGUGCGACUGAUAAAGUCAUUUCCGACCAGAACAAACAUGAUUGGAUUGACUGGAUUUAUGCUCAACAAAUACUUCCAACGAAAGAUAACGAAAACGAGCUGAACAAAACUCACUGCGGAUUCCGAGGGUCAUCUUGGUCAGGCCGAUCAUUUCAACCGCAUGCAAGUCACUGCGAAUAUCAACCCUAUGAUUCUGCUCAUAUCGCCAAUACCUAUACAGCACUCAUGAAUCUUCUUAUUCUCGGUGAUGACCUAUCACGAGUAAAUCGAAAAGCGGUCCUGACAACGAUUCGUAAUUUACAGCAAGCGGAUGGAAGUAUCAGCCCAACAGAUGGUAGUUUGGAGCGCGAUGUUCGAUUCAUUUAUUGUGCGAGUGCUAUCAGCUAUAUGCUCAAUGACUGGAGUGCAAUAGACGUGGAAAGCACCAUCGAAUAUAUCAAGCGAUUGCAGUCAUAUGAAUAUGCAAUCGGACAGUCUCCUGGAGAGGAAUCACAUGGUGGCUCGACCUUUUGUGGUGUUGGAGCAUUGACAUUGAUGAAUCACCAGCAGGACGGAUUGUUGAAUAAGGAGAAGCUUAUCAAAUGGUGUGUUUCGAGACAAAGCAGUGGUUUCGAAGGUCGACCGAACAAGAAAGCAGAUACCUGUUACUGUUUUUGGAUAGGCGCUACAUUAAAGGUAAUCUUUUUAUAACGGAUACGCGAACGUUUAAGUAUUGAGAAAAAAGCGCCAAGAUGGUAGACUCCUUUGAUUUAAUUAAUCAUGAAAACUGUCGGGCUUUCCUCACCACAACACAAACCAAAUAUGGUGGAUUUGGUAAAGAUGCUGAUGCAUUCCCUGAUGUAUUACACUCUUACAUGGG